AGCCCAAUCAAAGAGGUACAUUAUCCAGUGUGGGCCCACUUUGGACCACCCUCCAAUCCAAUCCGUCGUCUUCUGCAAGGAUAAGCCCAACCCCCUCUCUCUCUCUCUCUCUCUCCUCUCUCUCUCUAACUGCUUCUGUACUCUUCGUCUCCCCUGCAUCAACGCGCCAGCGAAAACACCCAUUGACGAUGGGUGAAUGAGCGCUUCUUCCUCCAUGAAAACCACCUCCGACUCCGCGACGCUGAAUCGCAUCCCUCCGACCCCCGCCCUCUCGAGAGAUGAUGGACAUUGACGAGUGGGAGCUCCUCGCCGUCGACGGCCUCCUCGACUUCCACGAGGACGGCCGCGGCGGCAAGAUCUACUCCCGCCGCCGGAGCUGCCACUCCCAGAGCGUCCUCGACAUGGACCACUUCCGCUGCCCCUCUCCGCCGGCGGACUGGAUCGUCCCCGCCGCGAUCGGACUUGGCCCGGAGGCGGCCGCGGGGCCUCCGGCGGUCAAGGGAAUCGCCGAUCUACCCGCUGAGAGAGUCAAAGCUCCGAGCUUGGGGGGCUUGGGCUCGGGCUCGGAGCGAGAGAUGACGCCCGGCGCCUUCUUCAAGAAGGUGGCGAGGGACAAAAACGAAUUCGUCGACAUGACAAUGGGGGGAGGCGGAGGCGGCGACGGAGAGGAAGAGCCUGUCCUCGCCGCCGAGGAUGAGGGGAGAGAGGGAGGCGGCGGUGGUGGUGAAGGACAAGAGCGACGCCACGCGUGAAGUGGGAGAGGCGCUGUGGGAGCAGAAGAGGAGCGAGGGCGAGGGCGAGGGCGAGGGCGAGAGUAAUGGGGUGCAUAACAUACUGAAGAGAAGCUUCACUGGGAUCGGAGCUCUGUGCUCGUUCGGAGUGGCCGCGGCGGCGACGUUCUGCGUCCUGAUUCUCGGAAGCCGUCAGGGGAACAACAGGCAGAGCCAGCAGAAGCAGAACCUGCGGUUUCAGAUCUACAGUGAUGAUAAGAGAAUUAAGAAGGUUGUCCAUCAUGCAACCAAACUGAACGAAGCGAUAUCUGCGGUGAGAGGAGUCCCGCACACCCGUGCUCACAUCAUCGUCGGUGGCUACUACGAUAGCCUUUGAAGUGCGAUGCAAGAUACUUCCUCGGUCAGGUCUCAGGACCCCUCCUGAUAUGCCAUCUUGUAUGUAUAUGAAAGCUCGCUGUCUCCAUAUGUAUAGUAACAUUGCAAAUCUCUAGUAUCUUAUAGUAUAUCUGAUACGCCACGGUUGUAUAUAUUCUGAACAGCAUAUUGUCGAUUGUAUGAUUGUCUGCAACAUCUAAAGUCCGGACUCGGCAAUAUUUUUCUAGUGCUGCUGUAUGUUGGGAGCUGUAAGCUAUACAUCUGCUGGAGAAGGCAUUAUUAGUCCAGCUUUUGGUUUCAUGUCGACAAGUCAUAAAGCUUUUGUUUUGAAAGGAUAUUGGAGGUUGGCGGCAUCCUCCUUAUUGCUUUGAUGACUCACGCUAGAGGAAGUUUAGUGGGACAUGAGUUGGCAUUUUCUUUCGUGUCGUCUAAGGAAUGAUCAUGAGUUGCAUAA